UACAAAAUCUAGGACGUUACCAUUUUGGGACAGUUUAUUAACAUAUUGGAUAAAAGUGAGAGCCGCAAUAAUUGCAAAAACAGAAUAUUAUUCUGAAGGAUUGGUCAUAAGUAACCUAACAAUUCUACUUCAAGUUUCCUGCUACUUAAAAUGUCUCAAAACUAUGCAUAUUCCUAUCACCUUUCAAUCCCUAAAGUUUUCUAUGUUUUUAUCAAUGCUGGAAAAACUAGACUAGAAAAGGGAACAUGCACAUGCUCUGGAGCAAGUAGAGCUACAACUACAAACGGUAUCCUAGAAGAAUUGCAGUUGGUGCAACCAAAGUAUGAUUAAUAAAACUAUUUUCACUAAACCCUUUUAGCCAUAGACCGAAUAGACUCUAACUAAAUCUGGUUUUCCCUUGAUGAUUAAGCUUUGAGUGAUUGGUUUGGUUUACAAUAAGAACUAGCUAGGCAGACACCCCUAAUCAUUUCUAUUGUUGCUUGGAAGGAAGGUGGGUCAAAAGUCCUUCUCUUCGCCUAGCUUUCAGACUCCUCCAGGGGUUUCUAUUUGGUUGAGAAAGCUAUCAUCAUCAACCAAAUUUGCAUGUUCCAAUGAGUCUUUCAUGAAAAUGAUCAUCAUCAUGAACUUAAAUUUCAAUUCACUGGUUGAUUGGCUAGCUAUUGGAAGAUGCUAACUCUUUUGAUUUGUCUUGAUUACCAAGAUUUAACGGUUAGACUAGACCUCCAAAUAUAGCUAGCAGUAGCAUGAUAAUGGAUGGCAUAUAUCAUAUAUAAAGAUGUAUUUAUUCUCAUGGUCAUAUAUAUUUGGUCAAAGAGACAAGGGUCAAAUGCACAUUGGUUGGGAUGUUUAUUUCACUGUUUUCUUAAACAGUAAUAAAACAUAUGAAGUAACAUGAUUAUCCUUGAAUAUCUCUUUCAAUGGCUCCGUUAAUCUUAAUAAAUAAUUUUCUUUUAUUAUCCCUAAAGCAAUUUUUUUUUUUAUAGAAAAGAAAUUGGAUUGACAUUUCAAAUUUAGAUAUGUUGAAUGUCUCUAUUUAAAGAUACUACAUGGAUCAACUCUAUUAAACUUUGGAUUCCUCUAAAGCAAAUUUUGAAAGUUUGAAAUCAGAUUAGAAAAGGUGAAGGAUGGCAGGACAAGACUGAUCUUUGGGGACAAAUUUUUGUUAUGGAAAUAUUAAUUUCUUGUAGUUUUACUUGUUUUCUUUAUAUGCAUGUAAUUUAUGUUGGUUUUUGAGAAAGUGGUAUGAUGAAAGAAUCUUCUUUUGUUCUCUCCCCAUUGAAACAAUUUCUUGAAAUCUCUCUAGGAAAAAGGUACCACCAAUUAGCCGUAUUAAGGUUAGGAAUGGUGAACAUUUGUGUAUCAAGAUAAGUUUGAGGGGAAUAACAAGGACAAAAGAUUAAUUAAUUGACUUUAAUGAUACUCCACAGUGAAGAAUUGGGCCAAGGUUUGGUAAUUCUUUGCUUUCUCAAACCUGUAACAUUUCAUUACCUAAUCAACCAAACAUGGACACAUGACAGUUCGCUCUGUCUCUAUAUAAACAUACAUAUCCCUACAGGGCUUUUAUGAAUCACUCCAACUUCAAAGACUUAACCAAUAUUCUGUUUCCUACUUGUUUUAACUUGUCCAACAAAAACAUGGGUACUUCAGCUCUUUUAUCACCAGCAGUUCUGAUGACCUUCCUUGCUGCUGUUGUCUGUCUCGUGGCCUAUCCUGAGGUUGUCACUGCAAAGGAAGCAGGCAUCACUAGGCACUACAAGUUCAACAUAAAGCUGAAAAAUAUCACCCGAUUGUGCCGUACUAAGAGCAUUGUCACAGUUAAUGGGGAGUUCCCUGGACCUCGUGUUAUUGCCAGAGAGGGCGACCGCUUAGUCAUUAAAGUAGUUAACCAUGUUUCUAACAAUAUCAGCAUUCACUGGCAUGGAAUUAGACAGCUUCGGAGUGGAUGGGCAGAUGGGCCUUCAUAUAUAACACAAUGCCCUAUUCAAACUGGCCAAUCUUAUGUUUACAACUUCACCAUUACUGGCCAAAGAGGAACUCUCUUCUGGCAUGCUCACAUUUCAUGGCUUAGAGCAACUCUUUAUGGACCACUUAUCAUCCUCCCUAAGAGCAAUGAAUCUUACCCCUUUGUCAAACCCUAUAAAGAAGUCCCAAUCUUGUUUGGUAAUGUUAUGCAAAUCACCAAAAUUUUCUCCAUUAUGCAAAUUCUGAUGUUCUUUGAUACUGACUUUGCUUGUCAAACUACAGGAGAGUGGUUUAACGCUGAUCCAGAGGCAGUCAUCAAUCAGUCUCUUCAGACAGGAGGUGGGCCAAAUGUUUCUGAUGCCUACACCCUUAAUGGGCUUCCAGGCCCAUUGUACAAUUGUUCUGCCAAAGAUACAUAUAAGCUGAAGGUAAAGCCUGGAAAGACAUAUCUUCUACGGCUGAUCAAUGCUGCACUCAAUGAUGAGCUUUUCUUCAGUAUUGCAAAUCACACUUUCACUGUUGUGGAAGCUGAUGCAGCAUAUGUCAAGCCUUUUGUUACCAAUAUAUUGGUGAUAGCACCUGGACAAACCACCAAUGUUCUCCUGAAAACCAAAUCUCAAGCUCCUAAUGCCACUUUUUUCAUGUUAGCCAGACCAUAUUUCACUGGUAUGGGUACCUUUGACAAUACCACUGUAGCCGGUAUUCUUGAAUAUCAAACACCUUCAAAUUCUUCACCUUCCACCAGUUUGAAAAACCGUCCACUUCUUAAACCAGGCUUGCCUGCGAUCAAUGCUACCAAUUUUGUUGCCAAUUUUUCCAGCAAAUUACGAAGUUUAGCCACCGCCAAGUUCCCUGCCAAUGUCCCACAAAAAGUAGACAAAAAGUUUUUCUUCACAAUUGGUCUUGGAAGCAAUCCCUGCCCCAAAAAUCAAACCUGUCAGGGACCUAAUGGCACAAAAUUUGCAGCUUCUAUGAACAAUUUCUCUUUUGCUCUCCCAAGAACUGCACUUCUGCAGUCCUACUUCUUUUCUCAAUCUAGUGGGGUUUACACUGCUGAUUUUCCAGCCUUCCCUCUUCAUCCAUUCAAUUACACAGGUACUCCACCUAACAACACACGUGUAAGUAAUGGCACUAAAGUUGUGGUGAUACCAUUCAAUACAAGUGUGGAAGUAGUCCUCCAGGACACCAGUAUCCUGGGUGCUGAGAGCCAUCCUCUCCAUCUCCAUGGCUAUAACUUCUAUGUUGUUGGCCAGGGUUUUGGCAACUUUGAUCCUAACAAUGACCCUUCCAAGUUCAACCUGGUUGAUCCUGUUGAAAGAAACACUGUUGGUGUGCCCUCUGGUGGUUGGGUUGCAAUCCGUUUUCAAGCAGACAAUCCUGGAGUUUGGCUGAUGCAUUGUCACUUUGAUAUUCAUCUGAGCUGGGGCUUAAGAAUGGCAUGGAUAGUCUUGGAUGGAAAGCUCCCUAACCAGAAGUUGCCUCCUCCACCGUCUGAUCUUCCUCAGUGUUGACCUUUAUCCCUUACUGGAACAUGAAGCAUGCCGCACAUAACCUUAAUUUCUCCAUUUUUGUUCCCAUUUUUGGGAUGGUUUUCUUGUAACUUAAAUAAUGUCUGUGAGAAGCCUAAGCCAACAUUGGCAUCGAUUGAACAUGGUUCUUUGCUUGUUUACUCUGCUUGUCUCGGAGAUCUUACUAGAGUCCUUCAUCAAGAAAAUGGUGGAGGAGGUUUUGUACUUGUACCACAGCCACAGUUCUUGUUGGAACAAUAAUAAUUCAAAUUUGAUCUAAUUAAUCUCUCUUUAAAUUGAAAAUUUUAUGAAAAUACUAACUACUACUCCUAUAUCCUUUGUUUUAUCAUGAAUUGUUCAUUAUCCUUGUCACUUAAGCAAAUUUAUAAGCACAUUAAUACAAAUCUAAUAUAUAUAUA